GACAUAGCCAAGAGUGAGGUCAAAAUUGGACAAUUAUAAAUAGUACUUAGCAUAUAAAACUAAGGGCUAAGUUUAUUUAAUUGCUUAUCUAUUUGAAAGUUGUCUUGGAUGUAUAAUUUUAUAUAGGAGUGCACAUUUUUUUUUCCCUUCUUUUAGAGAGAAUAGAAUGUGGGUCUGCUUCUAUUCUUUCUUGAAGUUAGAUUGAGCCUCAGGUUUUUGGCAGCAAAGCAGCAUAUGGUUUCUGGGUUUUUUGUUCUCUCAUGGCUGAAUGUUGGACAUAUGUUGUUGCAUGCAAGCUAAUUCAUUCCCUAAGAUUAUUUCCCUUUUUGGGUAUUUCUUCAUUUUCUCGGUAACACUGUUUCUCCUCUCUUUUUAAACCUCAAUCCCUAGCAUUUUCUUGAAUUUGAUCUGGGUAUUCUGUUUCUUGAUUAUUGUAUUAUUUUUGAAAUCUGUUGAUGGGUUUUAUGAUUCUCACUGGAAGUGAUAAAUGGGGUUUGAUUUCUAAUACUAAUGUCUUUUGAUGUGAAUCAUUGGGCUAAAAAAACAUUGAAAGAUUAGAACUUUACUUUCUUGGUGUGUUAAAAAAGGAGUCUUGAAUUGAUUUUCUGGAGUGGAAAAUUUAUGUGAUGGGAUCUCAGGGUGGUGGUGGUGGUGGUGGUACUAGUAUGGGUGCAACUCAAGCACAAGACCCGAAGCCCAAUGCAUUGGCUAGGCAAGGAUCAUUAUAUAGCCUCACACUUGAUGAGGUUCAGAAUCAAUUGGGGGAUUUGGGGAAACCACUGAGUAGUAUGAAUCUUGAUGAGCUUCUUAAGACUGUAUGGACUGUUGAGGCUAGUCAAGGAAUGGGGGGAACGGAUUACGGGGCGCUGCAGCAUAGCCAGGUUGCUUCGGGUAGUUCUCUGCAUCGACAGUCGAGCAUUACACUAACCGGUGAUCUAUGUAAGAAGACUGUUGAUCAGGUUUGGCAGGAUAUUCAACAGGGGCAGAAAAGGGAUAAUAGUGAUAGGAAAACUCAGGAGCGGCAGCGUACUCUUGGUGAGAUGACACUGGAGGAUUUUUUGGUUAAGGCUGGAGUGGUUGCUGAGCCGACUCCGGGCAAGAGAAGUAGUUCAGGCUCUGGUUUAGGGGGUGAUUCAAUGGCAUUGCCACAACAGCAAGCUCAGUGGUCACAUUAUGCAAUACCUCAGAUACCACCACAGCAACCACAGCAGCAGAAUAUGCUACCCGUUUUUAUGCCUGGACAUCCGGUUCAACAGCCUUUGGCUGUUGUUGCCAACCCAAUAAUGGAUGCAGCUUAUCCUGAAUCUCAGAUGACAAUGUCUCCAACCGCUCUGUUGGGCACAUUAUCGGACACGCAAACACUUGGAAGAAAGAGAGUUGCACCAGAAGACGUGGUUGAGAAGACUGUUGAAAGGAGGCAGAAGAGGAUGAUUAAGAAUAGGGAAUCUGCAGCGAGGUCACGAGCAAGGAAGCAGGCUUACACCCAUGAACUGGAGAACAAGGUUUCACGGCUCGAAGAGGAGAAUGAAAGGCUCAAGAGACAGAAGGAGAUAGAGAAGGUGUUACCAAGUGUUCCACCUCCAGAGCCUAAGUAUCAGCUGCGUAGAACAAGCUCCGCCCCUUUCUAACAUCCAGUUUCAUGUAUGAUGAAUAUGUAGAUGCAUAGUGUUCGUUAUGUCAUUGAAAUUUAUGUUAGCUAGUCAUUAUCCCGUCCAUCUCCUUGUUCUCGGUUAACAUCUUUGUUCAGGAGAUUGCCCUUGGCUGUCUCUACUUCUCUAGAUAAGUUUCCUUGUAUGUACAUUUUUAUAGUUUUAACUUGGAAUUAUGCAGACGACAUAGUUUUGGUAGUUUCCAUUCAGUUACUGUAAGCAUUCCAGUAUGAAUGAUUUCAAGACAAGUUAAAAAUGAAGUUAUUGUAUGUUUCCAGGUG